AUGUCGCAGCAAAAGGGAAAAGCAUCAGGCGCCGGCAAGGGCAAGAAAUCCGGCAAGGCCGCUGAGGGCAAGCGGGAGGAUGUCCUGCAGGCCGUGGUCAUCGCCGACUCCUUCCAAGACCGUUUCGCCCCUUUUUCGGUCGAGAAGCCAAGAUGUCUACUGCCCCUCGCAAACACACCCCUCAUCGAGUACACCCUCGAAUUCCUCGCCAUGAACGGCGUCCAGGAGGUCUACAUCUACUGCGGCUCCCACUCUGAGCAGAUCGAGAACUACAUCAACACCUCCCGCUGGUCGCCGCUGUCGAUCCGAACACCCUUUACGAGCCUGCAGUUCAUCCGCGUCUCGGACGCCCGCUCCGUCGGCGACUUCCUCCGCGACCUCGAUGGCCGCGGCAUUAUGGAUGGCGACUUCAUCGUCGUCCACGGAGACGUCGUCUCCAAUAUCUCCCUCGACCGCGCGCUCGCGGCGCACAAGGCGCGCAAGGAGGCCGCCGCGACGAAUAUCAUGACCGUGGUCCUCAGGUCAGGCGGCGCGGACGAGCACAGAACGAAGCCGAACGCGGUCAACCCCGUCUUCGUGAUGGACUCGAAGACGAAGCGAUGCUUACACUACGACGAGACGAACCCCCUACAGAGCGACCACUACAUGACCCUCGACCCCGCCGUCAUCGACGAGCUGUCGACCGAUUUCGAGAUCCGCGGGGACCUGAUCGAUGCCGGUAUCGACAUCUGCACACCCGAGGUGCUGGCGCUGUGGUCCGAGAGUUUUGACUACGAGCUGCCCAGGAGAAAUUUCCUCCACGGUGUACUCAAGGACUGGGAGCUGAAUGGAAAGGCCAUCUACGCCGAGGUGCUGGAGGACGGCUAUGCUGCGCGCGCGAACAACCUCCAGAUGUACGAGUCCGUCAGCAGAGAUAUACUCGGCCGCUGGACAUUCCCGUUCGUUCCCGACUGCAACGUCAUUCCCGGACAGACGUAUAAGAUGACUGCGGGUUCGGUUUCAAUCGAAGACGGCACGGUCUUGGCCCCCGACAGCUCUCUUGCCAGAUCAGUUCUCGGCCAGGGAACCAGCGUAGGCGCGGGCUCCAGAGUAAGCGACAGCAUCAUCGGCAGGCGUUGCAGGAUCGGCAAGAACGUUCGCAUCGAGAACAGCUUCAUCUGGGACGACGCCGUUGUCGAGGACAACGCUGUCGUCACCCGCUCCAUCCUCGCCGAUUCCAGCUUUGUGGGCAAGGGCGCCUCCGUAGACGCCGGCUGCCUCCUCUCCUACGGCGUCACGAUCGACGAAGCCACCCGCGUCCCCCAGAACACCGUACUAGCAACCACUGCCCACGACGGCCGCCCCGUCAGCCCAGACAAAGCCCUCGUAGGCGCCGCCGGCAAGGGCGCACGCUACGUCGACCCCGAAGCAGAGGACGCGGACGACGAGGACCCCUCGACCCUCCAGCGCUCCCUCAUCUACAACCUCGCCCACCUCAACCUCUCCACGUCCUCCGUCUCCACCCUCUCCUCCGACGUCGACGACUCGGACGACGACGACGUCAACCACUUCGCAGACCGCACCCGCGCCGACUCCUUCGUCUCGGACGACUCCGCAGGCCGCUCCGGCUUCCACCACGACGCAGUCCACGGCCUCCUCGACGCCCUCCGCGCCGACUCGGGCGACUUCGACUCCGCCAAGCUCGAGUUCAUGGGCCUCCGCCUCGCCAACGACGCCUCCGACGUCUCCAUGCGCAAGGCCGUCGCCGUCGCCUUCUCCCGCCGCGCCUCGGAGCUCCUCGACCCCGAGCACGGCGCCCUCGAGCCCGCAAAGGCCGCCGACCGCGCCUUCUCCUCCAAGAAGGGCGCCUCCAAGUUCGUCAAGGAGGUCGGCGUCGGCGGCGACGAGGGCGACAACGAGGCGGAGCAGGUCGAGUUCGUCCUCGCCCUCCAACGCGCCCUCCUCGGCGCACGCGGCGGCGACCCGGCACGCGCGGGCCUGCUGCUCGCCGCCACCCUGCAGAAGCUCUACAACAUCGACGUCCUCGAGGAGGAGGGCAUCACGGCCUGGUGGGAGGACGCGCGCGCCGAGGAGGGCGAGGGCAUGGGCGUCGUCAAGGAGAAGUGCCGCGUGCUGAUCGAGUGGCUCGAGGACGCCGAGGAGGAGGAGGAAUCCGACGAGGACGACGAGUAG